AUGGCGCCGCAACUGUUGAAGGAUUUAGCCACCCAUUCUCGCAAGUGGAUUAUUCAAUGUCGGGUGGCUCGGAAGUGGAUUGCAACUAACUGCAACACAGGAAAGGUUCUGCAUAUGGACAUGGUGUUGCUCGAUUCUGAGGGGUCGGAUAUUUGGGCCAUGGUUCCUCCUCUCUUGAUUUCAAAAUUUGAAUCGAGUCUGAAGGAGCAAGAAGUAGGGGAUUUGGUCAAAGUCACUUUGUGGGGAAGUAUCGGGAAUCAAUUGGAAGACAUACUCUCUCGCAAUGAAGGGGAAGCUAUCAUCCUGAGCAUCACUUCUGUGUUUGUGGACGAAUUUAAAGGGGAUCUUUGUUUGUCAUCAACAGGAGCUACACAGCUAAACAGCAAUCUGGAUAUUCCAGAAGUGCAUGCCUUUAAUGCUGGGGAAACAACUCUCACAGUACCUGUUUUGAUUGCUGAAGUCCCUCCUGUUGAGAUCCCAAAGAUUUCAAUUGCUCAGCUGAAUGAUUUCAAAACCAUGGAGGAACACACUGACAAAUUGUUUGCGAUUGAAGGGAAAGUGAUUCAAGUACGCCCUAAUUGGUGUUACAUGGGAUGCGCUGUAUGUCCUCGCAAGGUGGAAGAGGAUCUGGAAGAGUACUUUUGUGGACACUGUAAGACCACAUCUUCCAUUGCUAAGGCCAAAUUUAGAGUGAAGCUCCAAGUGCAAGAUGAUACUGGAGAAGCAGAUUUUGCAAUUUUAGAGCAUGAAGCUGAGUAUUAUGUGGCUAGCGUUGAUCAUGACCCUCUUCAGCAAGUGACUAAGAUACCUGAUCCUGUGAGUGUUGGAGGAUCAACCUCUUGCGGGUUGAAAAGGAAGCAUGAUGAUGAUGCUGACCCUGAGGAAGAAUAG